UGUGUAACAGGGAUAAAGGGAGGGAGAGACCUCAUCCUCCCACUAAACCGGCUGGGCUGUUUAGUCAAUGCUGACCCAGAGCAGAACCCUGCACUGAAGACCUUGAGGUCUUUACCUUGUUGCCGCUGACCUGUAUGAGCCUGAUGCUGCAUGGCUGUGCUCCCAUGGAGGCUCGGUAUACAGAGGAGGGCCCAGGACUCAGGAUCUUCAGAGAAGAGCCAGGAGAUGCACUCCAGAGGCCCGUGGGCCAGCAGCAAUCCAGAUGCUGUUGUAUGGGUCGGCAUGGCUGUGCAGUGCUGGGGGCACUGGGACUGCUGGCUGGCGCGAGUGUUGCCUCAUGGCUUUUAGUGUCUUUCAGAAUAAACCUUGAGAACUUCUUGUUGGAAGUACAAGUGAGGCCCCAGGCAAGCUGGCUGCUGGUCUGCCACGAGGGCUGGAGCUCUAGCCUGGGGGUGCGUAUCUGCCAGAGCCUCGGACAUCUCAGACUCUCUCACCACAAGGGAGUGAACGUGUCUGACAUCAAGUUCAGCAGUUCCCAGGAGUUUGCCCAGUUCUCUCCUAGACCAGCAGGCCUCCCGGAGGAGGUAUGGCAGUCCAGGGAGAACUGCAUUUCUGGUCGAGUUGUCUCCCUCAAAUGCUCUGAGUGUGGGGCGAGGCCCCUGGAAGUAGUGAGGAGGGACAGAGAGGUCCUGCCUGUCUUGCCUGCUUUCACCCUGGUGCAGGGAAGGAAAGCCGAGCCCAGGGGUCGGGGCGGGGGGACGACCUUCCAACAGACUCUGGGUCUAUCCAUAGAUACCGUAGGUGCUGUGUGCCUGCCUGCAGAGGAGCAGAACUUUCCCAGGGGCUCACAGUGCUGGGUGUCAGGUUGGGGCCACACCCACGCCAGCCACACCCAUAGCUCAGACACACUCCAGGACACGGUGGUGCCCCUGCUCAGCACCCAGCUCUGUAACAGCUCCUGUGUCUACAGUGGGGCUCUCACCCCUCGCAUGCUGUGUGCCGGCUACCUGGAUGGCAGGGCUGAUGCAUGUCAGGGAGAUAGUGGGGGCCCCCUGGUCUGCCCGGAUGGGGACACAUGGCGCCUGGUAGGGGUGGUCAGCUGGGGUCGUGGCUGCGCAGAACCCAAUCACCCCGGCAUCUAUGCCAAGGUCAUGGAGUUCCUGGACUGGAUCCACGACACAGUUUGGGUAAGUGUGAGGAGACGGAUGGGGUGGGCAGGACUGUCAGGGACCUUCCCCUUGGGAACUGUGAGCCUUACCCCUUUGCCAUGGACCCUUCUGGGGGCUGGCCAGAGAGCUAGAGAAAGUUCCCCAAAAAGGGAGCAGGAAGAAGUGAUGUUUGGAACAUUGAUUCCUUUAGAGUCUGUCCAGUUCAGCAUCCACUGGGAAGAACGAUCCAUAGCCCAGGUCUGCCAUUUCCUGUACAGUCUUUGGCCAGUUCCUAACCUUUUUGAAAAACCUCGGUUUCCUCAUAAUGAACAUCCUGUACCUAUGGCAGAGCUCAGCAGAGUGCAAGGCUCAGCACAAGUCUCCCUCCUAUGAUCUACGUUUUUACUUAUUUCUUCUUUUUUUAUUUAUGAUUGGACAGAGACAGAAGUUGAGAGAGGAGGGGGAGAUAGUCAGAGAGAUACCUGCAGCCCUGCUUCACCACUCAUGAAGAUUUCCCCCUGCAGGUGGGGGCUGGGGGCUUGAACUUCAGUUCUUGUGUACUGUAAUGUGAGCACUCAAUAAUCGGGCGUGCCACCGCCUGGGCCCCUACGUUUGUCCUUAUGACCAGUGUCCACCCAUAUCUCUAAGGCUACCAGCCUAGCACUCUUUCCACUGCAGGGCGAGCUCAGCAGUUAGUAGUUUGAAUUUAGUGAUGAUUAAAUCUUAACUCUUGUUUGGUAGGGUACAAAUCACUCCACGUCAGCUGUGCAGUGGGAGGGCCGAGAGAGAAUGUGUUGAAAAUGCCUGAUUUAUGUAAAGCACCUGACAGAGUGGGGUAGCAGAGAACAUUCCUUUCCAUGACUGGAGGGAGCGGUACAUCACAAACUUGAGAGUUUAGCAGACACCUAUGCUUCCACCUUCUCAUCCAAACCAUUAAAGGCCUAGAGAAGCAGAUAUUUUUAGCCCAUUUGAUAGAAUUGGAGACUGAGCUGUUAACUGAUUUACAAGUUACUCAGCUUGUCUGAUAGAGCCAGGCUCCACAGCCAGCAGCUCCAUUCUCUUUCCUUUCUUCCCUUUUCUUUUCUUUCUUUCUUUUUUGCCUCCAGAGUUAUCGCUGGGGCUCAAUGCCUGCGCUACAAAUCCACUCACUGCUCCUGGAGGCCAUUUUCCCCCAUCUUGUUGCCUUAGUUGUUAUUGCUACUGUUGUUGGAUAGGACGCAGAGCAAUCGAGAGAGAAGGGAAAGACAGAAAGGGGGAGAGAAAAAUAGACACCUGCCGACCU